GAACCUCAAGAAAAAUAAGAAAUAUUUCAUGGACAACCUAUCUUGUUCAAUGUAUAGGAUGAAAAGAGAUAGUAGUGUGGAGACCGUGAGAGGAGUUGAGGCUGCUGAAGUUAGUGUAUUGUCCUCAGGCAGACAUUUCAAGUCAGAAUCUUGCAAACAACGAGAAGAGAUAUUUGAAAAUUCUGCCUGUUCAGUGUGCAUGAACAGAAGGACAAGGAUUGGAGGACAAACAAGAGAAUUCACAUAUGCUGAGUUGCAUUUGGCGACAAAUGGCUUUUCCAAGGAAAAUUUGUUAUCUGUUAGGGGAAAGAAAAUCUUUAGAGGGCAACUUAAUGAUCUGCAACAAAUUAUGAUAAGAGAAUACCAUUUGAAAACCAUUAAAGAGAAGGAUUUUAAGGCAGAGGUUCAGACCCUUGGGAAAUUCAGACACGAUAAUGUGGCCAUGCUCUUAGGAUCAUUUUCAAAAGGAACGCAUAGGUUGCUAAUCUAUGAAUUUAUCUGCAAUGGAUCUCUGAGCAAACAUCUAUCAGACAAAAGCAGGGAAUUGACAUGGGACAGAAGAAUGAACAUAGCCGAAGGGGCAGCUAAAGGUUUGGAAUAUUUGCAUGGAAAACAGAUUUAUGGAAGUGUGAGGGCACGUAACAUACUCAUUACACAUGAUUACCAACCACGGCUGUCGUAUUUCGGGCUUGCUAGAAAUCAAUAUGAAGACACGUAUCAAUCUUCUGAAACCCCGGUGCUAAAGACAUUUGACUACUUGCCACCAGAAUAUGAAGGAACUGGAUUAGACUUGAGCAAAGCAGAUGUGUAUUCCUUUGGGGUUGUUCUUCUUGAACUGAUCACUGGUCGAAAGACAGUUGAAGAUACAGAUGGCCAAAGCUUCUUGAGAUGGGCAAGAUCAUCUCUGAGACAGAAGAAGUACAUGGAAUUGAUUGACCCUGUAGUACAGGACAGUGUUGAUCUUUUCCAGCUAUAUUGGAUUGUUCGUGUUGCUGAUAAAUGUCUUAGCUGGGAUCCCAAUAGUCGACCUUCGAUAAAUAAGCUGGUGAAGGACCUGGCAUGCAUAGUUAACCAUUGUGGUGCUGAAGACUUCUCUCUUACUGAAUCUGAACUAAUGGCUGCGAAGGUUAGGUAGUCGAAUGUAAACCGGCUGGCUAUAAGUAGUUUUCGAACAUUGAUUAUGUUGUACUGACUUUUUUUGUUCGAAACUGCUAUUCAGAUAUGGCAAU